CGGAUCGAUUAUAAGUGUAGCGGAAGAAGUGCGUGUCGAAUUUUCCAUAAUUUACGGGCAGUGCAAAAAUAAUAUAUACACACAUUGUGAAAAAUAGUUUAAAAUAUCAACACAAUCAUAUAUAAUUAAGCUUCCAGUUUAUAGUAGUUCUGCGUGUUAAUAAUCGUUAUUGUGCUUCGAUUUAAAAAUAUAUCAAAUUGUUAAAAAAAAGUGCAUAUUAUAACCGGCAGUUAGUGUCAAACGCUUCUAAAACACAACAAAAAUCCAUAGCAGCUGCGUAAACAGUUAAUUGGUAUACAAAGGUGCGGCUCGCCUGUAAUCUUGGCAAAGUAAAGCCUGUCAAUAGCGCCGUGUACAAGCAACAGCAUUGUUUCAACUCUUACAGUUCAAAAAGGCAUUCAAUUGUGGGUCUCAGAGACAUGUACAUGCACACAACCACAACAUUGCGGAAAUGUUGUGGCUCUUUGAAUAUCGACAAAUACUGAAAUAUCAACAACAACAGCAACAAUAAAAUCGUAUGUUUUAAAGCAAAUCCAGGAAGCGGCAUCAAGCACGCCAUGUCGCUACCAACUUAACUGCGGAGAAUUGUUACACAAAAUACAAUAAAAGCAAAGAAACAAAAUACAACAACAAAACAGAAGUAUCCAACAAAAAAAUAAAACAAAUCCACCACUAAAAAUAAAAACAAUCAGCAAAUCCGCCAAGGAGCAACGCAACAAAAGUUUUCCAGCCCUUCCGAGUCUCAGCGUUUCUCAAGCGUAGUCCGUUUUUUUACGAGACUUUUUACUCAAAACCGCAACACCUUUUAGUGUUUAUUUUAAUUUUUUAACUCAACACGUGCAAAACAUAGCAAAGCCGUUACAACAACCAUUGUAAAAUCGCUCAAGUGCGCUUUGAGUUCGUGUGCUUUUCGUGCUUCUUUUUAUUUUCCGUUUUUUUGGGUGUUUUUAACCGAGCUCUUCGUUUGUUGUGCGCUGCCGAUGUAAUUUUCGCUCGUCGCAGCUAACCUCGAAAGUGUUUCGUUAGUUUGUUUUUCGACCAAACAGCGAUAUCCGGUUUGUGCGUCUAUUGGUGUAAAACUGUAUGACAUUACUUGGGCCUAGCGCCCCUGGUAUGGCCUUUAUGAUGAAAAAGAAAAAGUAUAAGUUCAAUGUUGAGGUACAAUUACAAGAGCUCUCCGAGGUGGCGCUCGUGAAUGAGGUGCUGUUCGCGAAGAUACGUCUACUGGAUGGUGGUUCGUUUCAGGAGUACAGCAGCAGAGAGGAGGUGCGCGAUCAUCGUGUAGUAUGGAAUCGCAACUUCGAAUUUCCCUGCAAAAUGUCCGCCAAUGCAUCCACAGGCGUAUUGGAUCCCUGCUAUUUACGCAUCUCCAUACGCAAAGAGAUGAAGGGCGGACGUAGUUAUUUUAAGUUAGGUUUUAUCGAUAUAAAUCUUGCCGAAUUCGCCGGCGCCGGCCUGACGUCACGACGCUUUCUGCUCGAAGGCUAUGACUCGCGUCAUCGUCUGGACAAUUCCAUGCUGCUGGUAUCCAUCAAAAUGCACAUGCUCAGCGGUGAUAUACUCUUCAAGGCACCCACGCCGAAUCUGAAGAACAAACAGAAACCCUCAACGGAUGACUUGGCCACCGCGUCGACGGGUGUGGGCCUGCAGACGCCCACCGCCACAGCGUUGCCCAGCAUGGGUGGCGGCGGUGUGGUCAGUAGCGGACCAAGCGUCGGCGGCGGCAGUCAAGGCAUACCGGUUAGUGUUGGUGGCGCUACGCUAGGCGGCGGACUCAAUAGCGCGACCAGCACGCGUCCCGUCUCCACCGUGCGCGAGGAUGAUUUGGACCCCCAAGUAGUGAUCGCUUCGAUUGUGACGGACUCCGGCUUGUCGGAAUCUUCCGAAUCGGCUACUACACUCACCACAGAAGCGUUGCUGUUGCAGCAACAACAACAGUUUAUCGCUUAUCCACCGCAAAAUACGUUAGGCUCAACGACAACAACAACAACCACAGUCGUGACAUUGACGAAUGCACAACAAAUGCAGCCAUACGUUGGCAUUGGCGGCGUCACGAGUGGUGUCGGCGCGGCGUCCACUAUGGGCAUUGUCGGUAGCAACAAUUGCGGCACGACCAGCGCGAAUGUGAUGGGCGGCGGCGGCCUGGGUGGCACUACCGGCACGUCGUCGAUUAUGGAAAUGGGCCACUCGCGUAAUUCCAGCAACACUAGUCAAAUGUCGAAGGGUUCGGGUUAUAGCAGUUUUUCGCACAGUCAACAUUCGAGGCAAAGUUCUGAAGGCGAUUCGGGGCAUGCAAGAUUCAGCAAAUCCGUUUCUCUACUUAAUAGACUCAAUCAGAAAACCGCCAACGCCAUGAAGCUGAAUAUACCAGCGUUGAACCAUCAACAACAGCCAACGGAAACUAUCUGCGAGUAUGAAUGCGAAGAGUUGCUCUUUCAAACGCCGAACUCAACUAUGCGCGAUGAGGAGUUCCGCACGCCACUCAACGAAAUGCCACCCUCAACCAAUAGCUCUCUAUCGAUUUACGGUGAAAAGUUUGUGCUAAGCACGCCCUCGCCCACGUAUCGCAGCGUGGCGAGCAACAGUCGCAGCGGCUCGCGCGCCUCACAGAUUUACGAAAGCGGCAGCGCCAGCGGUGUUAGUGGCAGUGGCAGCGGUAGCGGUGAAUCGGGUUCGGAGGAGACGGCGGACGACUCGGGUUUGGAUGAGAAUUUUCAUACGCCGCGCGUGGCCAAAAUCAAAUCGAUGGAAAAUCUCUCCAUCAUCGAAAUGGAGUUUCAUCGCGCCUCACAGGAGUUGGAUCGCAAUUCGCCGCGUCGCCUCAAGUUGCUGGCCGAAAAUGGCGGUCAUAUACACAAAAUGCGUUCGCUUAGCAAUUUGCGUUUCGAUGACUAUAGCGAAGAGCAGAUCCGCGAGGAAUUGCUGCGCAUACGCGAACGCGCGCUGGAGGAGAAGCAUCGCUUCAAUUUGCAGCAACGCAAAAAUUCCACCUCAUCGACGAAUUCGGGCAAGUUGUUUGUGAAGAACAAAGUGGGUAAUGCCAAGUUUAUUGGCAACGAUGACAGUCCACUGCCGCAGCAGCCAAACAACCAGCAACCGCCCUUAUUUCUGCAGCGUGGCUCACACUAUCCCAUACAGAAAAUGCGUUCGAUGGGCACCAUACCGGAUUUGGUGACGGAACGCGUUGAACCGGAUCCGUUUCUCACGCCGACUUCGGGUCGCAAGCCGAAUUUCCCGCUGGUAACACAGUCGGCGGAGAAACCCUCACCGCCGUCGUUCGUUGCGCGCAUACUUAACUACGAUGUGGUGGACUCACCAUCCACCAAUAGCCAUAAUCAGCAGCAGCAACCACAACUGCACACACACGGCUCCCUAACCGAGCUCUAUACACAGGAUCGUGUGAGCAAGUUGUUGUCGAAUGAUCCAAGCACUGCGUUGUCAUUCAUGUCGCGUACGCCGUUCGAGCGCGCCUACCGUCGCACGUUGCUGAAGAGUUCGACGCCGUUGCGUCAGGCGCACGGCUAUACACAGUACGCUACGUUGGAGCAGCAGGAAUUGCAGCAGGGCGGCGUACAACAGUACAUGUUAGGUCAUCAGGAGCCGCUACUGGCGCGUCCGCAUUCAACGAACGCCGCCUACGAGUUAAUGAGCACCGGCCGCAAUUUCAGCGGCGUACCGCGUCGCCUACUCGACGGCAGCAAUCGCCAGAUCUCAUCCAUUGCGCUGGGCGCCAACACAUCGCCCUCCGCCGCUACGGCGUCGGCCGCCAACACCAGCUCCUCACCCAGCGGUACACUCGGCAGCAUCCACUCCACGCAUUCGGCAUCCUCGUCCAGCGGCAGCAGCAGCAGCGGCGCCGUCAUCACCUUCCAAUGUGCCGGUGGUGCACACCCGGGCAUCGGCAGCAGCAGCGACACCGUCGAUGGCAUUGGCUUCAGCGAUGGCGGCGGCGGCGUCAGCACACCCAACACCAACAACGCCAACCAGCAGCUGAUUGGCUCACCAAGCAAUAACGGUUUUGGCAGUGGUGUUGGUGGCGCCGUCGGUGGCUGUGGCAGCAGCGGUGCGAAUAGUCCACGCUUGGCGAGCGGCGGCGCGCUCACCUCCACUUCGGCGACCACCGAUGCGUUGAGCUCUUUGGCGGCCAGUCCUACCGAUGCCUGCAGCAUACGUUCGAAUCCGUCGGCCGCAUCACUGCUGCUCACCACCGCCACAAUGGCGGCGGCCGAAGCGGCGGCGGCACAAGUAGCCGCCAACAAUAACGCCGGUCUGUGCGCAUCGGGCGCGACGCUCUCACCGCUCGCGACCACACAAAUCAUACGACGGCCCAGCAUUACAAUUUCCGGUUCGUUAGUCAUAAGUGAAACAGGAUCUCUAGAUCGCAUGAAGAAUGCGGCUGAGAAGCGCAAGAAGGGACCGCUGGACGAUGGGCCACGCGUAUCGGAUCGCGUCGAGGAGACGCGCGUCAAUCCCAAUUCGCUAAUCGAUGAAAUACUGAAGGAUACCAAAUUGGAUCAGUUAGCCGAAUCGGCGGAGACAUCCGGCCUGCAGCUGUAUAUAGCACGCGAUGGCACCGCCUCGUUGGGCAGUCACGAGGUGAAAGCGCGCGUGCCGACCGGCGCCUUCAAGCAGGUGGUCAUGAAGAAUCCAAGAUAGUAGCGUAAAUUGUAAGACUCGUAAGCCGGAAGCAAGAAGACUACAAACUACACACUAACUACUACAACAGCAACAUACGUAUACACAUACAGACGUGCCCGCACAUACAUAAGCAAAGUAGUGUGGCAUGCCGCAUUGGAAGCGAAGUGCAACAAAGGAAUUUCGUAACCCAACUAACAAAAGCAGUAAUAACAACAACAGCAUUAUCUACAACAACAACAACUACUACUAUAAAACUGCAGCAACCAUAUACAACAUACAUAC